AUGGGGAAUAUGCAGGAGAAACCAACUAGUGUACAAACAACUAGUAACAAUGCACAGGAGAAACCAACCGAAGCAGGGCCUUCUUCUACUGCCUCUGAUAAUCAGAAGAAAGAAGACCAAAAAGCUUCUGAUAGUCAGAAGACAGAAACACAACCAUUAGCAUUAUCACACCCUGUGCAGUCGUAUGGUGAUGGAAAGUCCAAAUCGUUGAUGGUGUAUGCAAAGGCUCUUGAUAUCACUUGGUCUGGAGACAGUCGUUAUUGGCGAUGGGUCAAUUGCAAAGAAACUAGUGGUGGCAACUUCGAAGCUGCUGAACUGUUAAAUGUGUGUUGGCUAGAAGUGCGUGGAAAACUUGCGACCACAGACCUCUCACCAGGAACUCUGUAUGAAGUUGUAUUUGUGGUCAAGAUGAAAACUAAAGCUUAUGGAUGGGAUGCUCCAGUGAAUUUGAAAUUCACACCCCCAGAUGGUGCAGUUCCAAGGGAGACGACAAUUAAAUUGACGGAUUUGAAGGAUAGUAAAGAUGAAUGGAAAGAUAUUCCGUUUGGUGAGUUUAAAGCACCCGCAAAUCCUGGGAACAUUGAGUUUUUGUUGUAUGAAUAUGGUGGGAGAUGGAAGAGCGGACUUGUUAUCAAGGGUGUUGCCGUUCGACCAAAGAGCCAAGUUGCAGAAUAUUAUUGUAAUAAUUAG